CCUCCGAGGAGUAGACAGAAGUACUGUAUGAUUCUACAACUCUUCGCUACAAUUAAUUGGAUAAAACACAACUUUUAUGUGCAAAUAUUUGGCUUGCUUAUAAGCUAUCUAUCAUUCGCUACGCAGACAUUAUUUUCAGAGCAGGUAAAAAGCUUUAAAUAUAAGCUGUAUCCUGAUGGAGACAUCAGUCAGCAAUACUUCUUGGGAAGAUGAAGCAAAGUCAGAUGAAGCUUCUUCCAGUGAAGAAAGUGAACAUGACAACAAGAGUGAUUUUGGAGAAGAGGAAGAAGAGGAGGAGGAAGAAGAAAGCAGGGAUGAGGAUGCAUCUGACGGUAUGAUACAAGACAAUGCCUCUGAUGGUAUGGUACAAGACAAUGCCUCUGAUGGUAUUGUACAAGACAAUGCCUCUGAUGGUAUGGUACAAGACAAUGCCUCUGAUGGUAUGGUACAAGACAAUGCCUCUGAUGGUAUGGUACAAGACAAUGCAUCUGAUGGUAUGAUGCAAGACAAUGCAUCCGACAGUGUGAUACAAGACAAUGUGUCGCUUUCAAAAGAUAUCGAGGAUAAUGUACCUGAGGAAAAUGCAUCAGCUGAUGAUAAGAUCUUGUUUGAUAACAGUGACAAUGCUGACACAAGUUGUGAAAAAGAUGAUGAUAGUUUUGCUGAGGAUAAUGAAGAAUUAGAUGAUGUAAAAAAAAAGGCAGCUACAGAUGUAGGUAAUAAGUCGUCAGAUGUUUUGAAUGAAACUGAAGUAACCGAAUGUAAUGAAGAAAAACAAGAUGUAGAUGAUGCUAAUACUGAUGAAGUUGAACAAAAUAAUUUAGCUGAUUCUAGCAAUGAAGAAGGAUUUGGUGGGAAUUCUUCAAAUGAAAAUUUGUCUGAGUCAGAGCUUAAAGCAACAUCAUCAGUACCUACAUCUAGCAAUGAUAAGGAUAAGGAUGUUAAAGAAGUUGUUGAAAAUUCAAAGCAAACUGAACCUAGUUUUGAUACAGAGAAUGAGCAAAAUGCUAAUGAAGACAGUGUAAAAAUUAGUCCAAUUGAAAACAGGUUAAGUGAGAAGAGAAUAGUUAAAAUCCGUGAUAGUGGCAUUCUUCCACAACCAUCUCUAUCAGAAGAACACGUGGAGUUGGAUUAUGAUGAAGAAGAUAUGGAAGAAACAUCAGCAAGAACAGUUUCUAUGGAAGUAAAAACUGACAAGGAGGAAAAAGAUGAAGGAGAAUGGGAGAAAGAGAAAAAGGAGGCUGUGUUAUCAGAUAGAGAUGAUGGAGAAGUGGAUGAUGAUGAUGAUUGUGAAGAAGGUGAAAUACGUGAACCUGGCAGCAAGAAACCAUUCCAAAAGCCACUUUGCCGAUUCUUUUCCAAAGGUCACUGUACAUGGGGUGCUUCCUGUAGAUUUUUACAUCCAGGAGUCAAUGAUAAAGGCAAUUAUCGGCUAAUUGAGCGUCCUGGUUUCAACAAUGGAUUUGGAAUGACCACCACUAUAAGAGGAAGGAGACCACCUUUUGGAGCUGCUGCACCAUGGGUACCUGAUGUUCCACUUAUACCAGAUAUACCACCUCCAAGAGAAGAGCCUCCUGCUGAAACUGCUUGGGAAAGAGGUCUUCGCUAUGCAAAAGAGUUGAUGAAGAAAGCUAUUCAGAGAAAAGAGCAAGAAACUAACUUUGAAGAAAAACGCUUAAACCUUGGCUUAGAGGAAGAGAGGGAGCAGAAUAAAGAAAAUGAACAGAAACGUAUUAUGAAAGAUCCUUACUAUGAUUUGGAAGAUGAAGAUGAUUAUUAUAAGACACAUGUACAUGGCUGGCAAACAGGACAGUAUGAAAACUUUGAAGUUCGCUGGACAAGAGAACCUGAUCAUAUCAACAGUGCAUAUCAUGGGAGUAGAGAACGGGAAAGAGACCGUCAUCCUGCUCUUCUCCCCACCAGGGAAGUACAGCGGCAACCAUAUGGCUCACCAGUGGAGCGAUUAGAUCGUAUGGAUAGAAUAGACAGAGUGGAAAGAAUUGAACGUAUGGACAGGAUGGAAAGAAUUGAGAGGUAUGAUGUAAAUAAAAGGCGAGAUGAACGCAGAGAAGCAAGAGAUAUGCGUGAGCCUAGAGAUGUCCGAGAACCAAGGGAGAUGAGAGAGAUGCCCAGCACUAGGGAUGUUAGAAUUGAUAAUAGAAUUGAUAAUAGAAUUGAUAACCGAGUUGAUGGACGUUGGCGGGAUGAUCGUCGGGGUGAUGACCGCAAUUCAGAAGACAUCAACCCACAGAGACCCCGGGCUGAUGAAUGGAGAGAUCCCUGGCGACGGUCGAAAUCUCCAAAGAGCAAACGUCGUAAUUCACCUUCUCGUAGCUGGUCCAGAGGCAGGCGGCGUACUCGACGUUCAUAUAGUGUGUCUUCAUACUCUUCAAGUUCAUAUUCUAAUUCAUUCCGCUCCAGGUCCUCGUCUUACUCUUCCUACACUAGUCGGUCAUCAUACAGCCGGUCUUCAUCAUAUAGUUCAAGAUCAUCUCUAUCUAGAUCAAGGUCUCGUAGUAUUCCUGCGUCGGCUAAAAGACCAGUUCCACAAAAGUUACCUCCGUCUUCAAACACUGAAAAGAAAUUGCUUCCCAAAGCCAGUGAAGCACCAAAGAGUGCUGUGACUGUUAGAUCUAAAAUGCAUGUAAGUCCAGAAAAACGAAAAAUCCCUGGAUCUCAGCCUACUGGGGGAUUGCCUUCAAAACAACCCCCUCUUCUAGAUAGGGGUCGAAGAAAGGAACGUGUAUCUCCACGACUCACCCGGAGCUGGAGUGGCAGUUCAAGUGGCAGUAGUUUAUCACAUUCACUGUCCAGAUCUCACUCUUUAUCCCGUUCAAGAUCCCGUUCACAAAGUCGGUCUUCAUCAUCAUCCUUUUCACGGUCUCGCAGUGCUAGUAGCAUUUCAUCUCUUAGCAGUACAGGUUCAUCAAGUUCUAGUGGAAGUGCUGAUUCAGAGCAUCUUUACCGUGAUAUUGCCAGUCCAGCAAGUUCCCGUGGCAAAUCACCUUCACACAGACUUAAAGAGAAAGAAAGAAGCCGUCAAAAAAUAGUACGAAGUAGUAAGCCAUCAAAUAGUCAAAUCUCAUCAAAACCACAUACUGGCCAGCCUGUGCCGUCAAAAACUCAAAAGCCAGAAAGUAGGCAAGGUGGGCAACAACAACAACAACAGCAACAACAACAACAACAACAGCAGCAGCAGCAGCAACAGCAACAACAACAGCAACAACCUCAUCACCACCACCACCAUCAUCACCAUCAUCAUGCUGCAGCAGAUUCAUCUGCUACCACAAGAACCACAAGUACAGGGCCACCUAGUAGUACUUCAGUUUUACCCAGCAAAACUAAAGAUCCCUUAAAAAUUGUUGGACAGAAAUCUAACAUCAAACUAACUCUCAUCAGCAAGCCUUCUGAGAAGGAAUCAACUGCCCAGAGUAGAAAAAGAUCUGCAGAUACUAGUGUAGCAUCUUCCGCCAAAAGACAGGCACUAACUGCUUUAUCCUCUAAGCCACCAGAUAAACCUACGAAAGCUCAACUAAAUAGAACAGAGAAGUCAGAUGCUGUUCUACCACGAAUUAAACCAGCCCCUAUAAUGCAACCUUCUACUAUGCAGUCUAACUUGGUUCCCCCUGCUAAAACAAGUGCAAAAGCUUUCUUACCUAUGAAACCUGGACUCCCAAGAACUGGUGCCAUAUCCAUUAGCAGCAGUGGAGCCUCAUCUGUGAGCUCAGCUCCUGCUGUUGUUACUACUGCUGCUGCUGCUAGUGCUAGUGCUGCUGCCCCUGUUGCUGCUGUCACAGGUGCAGCUGCCACCAAAGCGAAAAAGAGUACAUCGUCACGUCGAGAGGAGCUUCUGAAACAAUUGAAAGCUGUUGAAGAUGCAAUUGCCAGAAAGCGAGCGAAAAUGAAUUGAUGAUAUCCAUUCCACUAGGUUAUUACUUGUAUAAAUGUGUGAGUUAAUAAAAGGGUGGUGAUGGUGGUGAAGUGAAGUACUUUUUUUUUUUUAAUAGAAAAAAAAAAAGUAGGAAACAAAAAAUCUUAAACAACUGUCUUAAAUAUCCUUGCUCCUCUCACAUACAGAAUUUUCUUUUCUUUUAUUGAUUUCCAAGUUGGUGAUAGUCGACAAAAAAAUGUUAAAAAAAAAAAAAAAAAAAAAGAAACCUUUCCUUUCAUGUUUCUCCAAGCUCAUGAUUUAGUUUUAACAAUUAUCGUGAUCGUAAUCGUCUUUUAUUCACAUCACAUUUUCUCAACUUGAUUUACUUUGUGAUUUUUUUUUUUUUUUUUUUUUUGUUGCAGAUUGAUACAUGUGUGUAAGUGUGUGUCUGUCUGUCUUUCUGUCUAUCUGAGUAUUAAUGUUGAGGAGGAUGUAGGCUUGAGUAGAAAGCCAAAACACAGAAGAAAAAAAAAAAAAAAUCUCUUGU